GCAAACACUUGAUUGAUCUUUCUGGUCUGAAACACACGGUAACCUAAACACGUUUUUUUGAGUAUCGGAGUGUAAAAAUUAAAUUUUUCUUACAUAAAGAAGGAUAUCGGGAAAUAAACGAUUUUCUUCAAUAAUUAUUGAAAGCUUCUAAUCAUGCUAGGACGAUUGAUAAGGCCAGUUGCUCGUGUCGUACAAAAAAGUGCUCGAGGAUAUCACAAGGAGCAGGUCCCUUUUAAGUUUCCAACGAUGGAUGAGUUACCAGUUCCACAAGGGUCUUGGCAAGAACAAUACAAUAGAAAUCAAAAAACAUACAACGCUGCACUUGUUAUUGGUAUUGCUCUUCUUGCUGGAACCAUUACUUUUGGAAACAUGAGUGGAGCAUUGUACAUGAAUAGUUCACCACCAAAUAUCGAUAUUCCAUACAACGACUACAGCAAGAAAUAAACCAUCUUUCUUAAUAUCAUCAGUUUAAGUUUAGUCUUGUUCUGCAAUUCACCUUAAUCAAUAAAAUCAUAAGAAUGAAUAAUA